UGAACUUGACGUAUCCACGAAUGCAGAAACAGAAACUUUCACUUUCCUUCUCACAAACUCCAUUCCAUUUCCAUUUCCAUUUCCAUGGCCGCCACCAACCCUCUAUCCCUCUCCUGCUCCUCUCAAACACACACUUCUCCUCAUUUCCUUCUCCCACGUAAACCUUUUCUUCUCCUCUCCCGCCGCCACUCUAACCGCUACGCACUGCCAAAGUCUCUGAGAUUAGUCACUACGUGUAAGGCAAGUCAAGUGUCCGUGGCCGAAGAGUCGUCGAAAAACUGGGUUCCGGUGGUGCCUGUGUCGGCGCUGCCGAGAGGGGAGAGGCGUGUGAUAAUUCAAGAAGGGGAGACUAUAUUGCUUUUGUGGUAUAAAGAUCAAAUAUUUGCCAUUGAAAAUAGGUCCCCUGCUGAAGGUGCUUAUUCUGAAGGCUUGAAAAAUGCUAAGCUCACACAGGACGGCUGUAUAGUUUGCCCAACAACUGAUAGCACAUUUGAUCUAAGAACAGGAGAGAUCAAGGAAUGGUAUCCAAACAAUCCUGUUCUGAGAGUUCUAACACCUGCUUUGAGGAACCUCUUUGUAUAUCCUGUCAAAACAGACGAACAAAAUAUUUAUAUCAGCAUCACCGGAGGUUUCAAAUCUGAUGCUGCUACUGAAAUUCUCUUUAGCGGGAAGGCUCAGCCCGGUAUAACAGCAACCGAUGUCAAUGUUGACGAGGUUAGAAUGGUGGUUGAUGAGAGUCAACUGGGAUUUGGUUUCAAUAGGAAGAACGAAAUAAUCAACGGCAAAGCAGCUGUUAUUGGAUUCCUUCUAUUGUUGGAUUUUGAGCUUUUAACAGGUAAGGGUCUUUUGAAGGGGACAGGUUUCUUGGACUUCAUAUACUCUGCGUCUAAUGCUCUCAAUUAGACAUUGACCGUGUUUGGAUUGCGGUAGCAUUCUUUCCAAUGCCGGUGAACUGAUAAGUAGCAAAGAGUUUCACGUCUCCAAAUUGCGUUUGGAAGCAUUGGUGAGAGUGCUGCCCAGUACUGAUAGUAUGUGCUAUCAGUAAUCAAAUCACAUUUCCUUUUUGUAUGCCUUGUAUCUAUCUAGUAGUGUAAGUACAUGAUGAGUUUAGUUUCUGGCCAAUAUACAAUCUUGUAUUUUUUGUGCAUGUUCUUUCUGUAUACUAUACCCAAUUUUUAUAGUUCACAUUCACAUUUUAUAAAUGGCUUGUUAAUUAUGAGCUCCAAAGAAAUCUUACAUCAA